AUGGAUAAAGAUAACACCAUUCAGUUGGAGGAUGCCAUGUCGCCUUACGCGACUCCCUUCGUGGUCAACAGAGACCUGGAGCGAAGGAUCUUGUGGAAAGUGGAUAUGCGACUGAUACCCCCCCCUAUUUAUUAUGUAUAUUCUGAACUUAUCGGUAACGCCAAAGAAGCUGGGAUGGGAAAAGAUUUGGAUCUCUCCUCGUCGGAUUAUUCUUUAGCUGUCUCCAUCUUCUUCAUUGGCUAUCUACUACUUGAGGUGCCAAGUAACAUGAUUCUAAGCAGAACUCGCCCUAGUCUCUAUCUCCCCAUUCUCAUGAUUAUUUGGGGUGGGAUGGUGAUUUGCUAUGUCGGUGUCAAUUCAAAGAAAGGGCUUAUCGGUCUUCGGUUCUGCCUGGGGUUGAUUGAGGCAGGAUUUUUUCCCGGUGUCCUGCUGUUUAUGAGUAACUGGUAUAGAAAAUCCGAACUGGCACGGAGAUUCUCCAUCUUUUAUUGUGCGUCACUGAUAUCAGGUGCUGUUGGCGGGCUUAUUGCCGGGGGGGAUAUUGAAAGACAUGCAACAUCGUCCGCCAUAUCCAGCGUGGAAAUGGUUGUUCUUGAAUUUGUGUUACCGGACUUUCCAGCUACGACCAAGUGGCUCACUCCGGAAGAGCGAGAAUACGCCGUCCGACGUUUAGAAGAGGAAGACAACUCAAGCCGUACUGGGAACAUCUCUCACUGGCAGAGCUUUCUGUCUGCUAUUCACGAUUGGAGGACCUGGCUUUUCCUCGCCGCACAAACAUUUUGUACUUGUGCUGGCACCAUCACUUACUUUAUACCGACCUUGAUGGCUUCCUUGAAUUACACUGGUCAAGACGUGCAAUAUAUGACGAUCCCAAUCUAUAUGGUUGCCUUUGUGAUCGUCCUCCUUUGUGGUUUCUCCUCUGACUACUUCAAUGAACGACCAAAACACAUCAUGGCUUUGGCUACCAUGUCUACUAUAUCGUUGAUCAUCGUGGCCACAAUCCAUAACCCUAAAACUCGCUACGCAUUCCUAGCAUUCGGCGUGUCUGGAAUAUGGGGUUGCAGUCCGUUGGUCCUCAGCUACCUCUCGAAUACCAUCUCCCGGCCCGCUGAGAAGCGAGCUGUGGCUAUUGCUUUUGUGAAUGCUUUUGCCAACCUCUCAUCCGUAUACGGAUCGUAUAUCUGGCCUUCAAGCACGGCACCGGCAUAUGUACCUGGGUUUACCGUCACUAUUGUGCUGAUGUUUGCAUCCAUCGUGACGGCGUUUUUACUGAUGGUCCUCACCAAGGACCAUCCACAUGAAAAUGCUGAAGAUAGAGGAACGGAGAUAGAGAGCGAAACUGCGCGCUAG